AUGAAGAAGACAGCAGCGUGCAGGAAACUCCAUACAAGCCUGAGACCAAGCAUUAGGCUGUUUCUCCCUCUGGAUCCCUGGGCUUUUGGGGGAAAGGGGGUGCAGUCUCAGAAAUCAUGGAUUGAAGAAGUCUUCAAUAAAAGAGAGUGUGCAAAAGUCAUACCCAGCUCAAAAGAUCCUCACAGAUGUCCUGCACGAUGCCAGAUAUGCCAGAACUUAAUCAGAUGUUGCUGUGGACGGCUGAUUAGAGAUCAUCCUGGGAUAGAGUAUAGUUCACCUGUCUACCAGUCUACCAGAGAGAGGGAGAAUGAAGAAUGGUCUGUCGAAAAGCAUACACGUACAAGUCCCACUGACUCAUUUGGAACGAUCAAUUUCCAAGACGGAGAUCACACUUACCAUGCCAAGUAUAUUAGAACCUCUUAUGACACCAAGCUGGACCAGCUAUUACAUCUGAUGCUGAAAGAAUGGCAGAUGGAGCUGCCAAAGCUAGUGAUCUCUGUUCAUGGAGGCAUCCAAAACUUCAAGCUUCCAUCUAAGGUCAAACAGGUUUUCAGCAAAGGGUUGGUCAAAGCGGCUGAGACUACAGGAGCAUGGAUAAUAACAGAAGGCAUCAACAGUGGAGUGUCCAGGCAUGUGGGGGAUGCCCUGAAAGCUCAUGCCUCUCAAUAUUUGAGAAAGGUCUGUGCCAUUGGAAUCCCUCCUUGGGGUAUCAUUGAGAACCAGAGGGACCUGAUUGGAAAAGAUGUAGUUCGCCUAUAUCAGACUCUCAGCAAUCCUCUUAGCAAGCUGAGCACCCUCAACAGCACGCACUCCCAUUUCGUACUGGCAGAUGAUGGGACAGUGGGAAAAUAUGGCAAUGAGAUGAAGCUCAGGAGGAAUCUUGAGAAAUACUUAAACCUUCAGAAAAUACACACUGGAAUGGGCCAAGGUGUACCGGUGGUUGGGCUAGUGGUAGAAGGAGGCCCAAACGUGAUCCUAAUGGUUUGGGAGUAUGUGAGGGAUACUCCUGCUGUCCCUGUGGUGGUCUGCGAGGGCACUGGCCGAGCUGCAGAUCUUCUGGCUUUUAUUCAUAAACACACAGUAGAUACAGGAGACUUGCUCCCUCAGCUGAAGGAGGAGAUAUCAAUAAUGAUUCAGAACACCUUUAAUUUUGGGCAGAAACAGUCCAUUCAUCUAUUUCAAAUGCUGAUGGAGUGUAUGGCGCACAGAGAAUCUAUAACCAUAUUUGAUGCAGAGUCAGAGGAGCAGCAGGACAUUGAUUUGGCAAUCCUGACAGCACUCCUGAAAGGUACAAAUAUGUCUGCAUCAGAUCAGCUAAAUUUGGCCUUGGCAUGGAAUAGACUGGACAUUGCCAAGAAACAUAUAUUGGUUUGUGGACAAGACUGGAAGGUUGGCUCCCUGGAACAGGCAAUGCUGGAUGCUUUAGUGAUGGACCGGGUGGACUUUGUAAAGUUAUUAAUAGAGCAUGGAGUGAAUCUGCACCGUUUCCUUACUAUAUCCCGACUGGAAGAACUCUACAAUACAAAACAAGGACCAACAAAUCUACUUUUGCAUCAUCUUGUUCGAGAUGUAAAACAGAGUGCCCUUCCUUUGGACUAUAAGAUAUCAUUGAUUGAUAUUGGGCUGGUGAUAGAGUAUCUGAUUGGUGGAGCUUAUCGGAGCAACUACACAAGGAAACAUUUCAGAGUUCUGUACAACGGCCUUUACAGAAAACGCAAGAGUGUGGUCUCCAGCUUUGCUCAGAGCCUUUCUCAUCAUUCCCUUUGUCAUAAUAAUCAGAUGGGUAGCAGAGUUGAAUCUGCUGAAAACACCUUGCAUUCUCAGUUCAUCAGAACAGAACAGUCUUACAAAUACAAGGAAAAGUCAUCUGCUUUUCAUAAGUCUAGGAAGAAGUCAAAAGAUGAACUCAGCUUCUUAGAGGACGAUGAGUCAGCUGGCUUUAUUUACCCGUAUAAUGACCUCUUGGUUUGGGCAGUGUUAAUGAAAAGACAGAAGAUGGCAAUGUUCUUCUGGCAGCAUGGAGAAGAAGCUAUGGUCAAGGCAGUCAUGGCUUGCAAACUCUACAGAGCAAUGGCACGUGAAGCCAAACAGAGCAAUAUGGUGGAUGACACCUCAGAAGAACUGAAGAAGUACUCAGAUGAAUUUGGGCAGCUUGCUUUAGAUGUACUGGAUAAUGCAUUCAAACAGAACGAGCAAAUGGCCAUGAAGCUACUGACCUCCGAGCUGAAAAAUUGGAGCAACUCAACUUGCCUGAAACUGGCUGUGUCAGUGGGGCUGCGGCCCUUUGUGUCUCACACUUGCACACAGAUGUUACUAACUGAUAUGUGGAUGGGACGCCUGAAGAUGCGGAAGAACUCCUGGUUUAAGGUCAUUCUAAGUAUUCUUCUGCCUCCCACCAUCUUGAUGCUGGAGUUUAAAAGCAAGGCAGAAAUGUCUCAUGUGCCGCAGCUCCAGGACUUUCAUCAGUUCACAUGGCAUCACAGUGAUCAGAGCCCGUCCACCACUAAAGAUGAGUUGUCUCUGGAUUAUGAUGCAGAAAAGGGACCUGAGAAGCCAGACAAAAGCCAAACCUUUUCCACUGACAGUGCUCACGGAAGCCUUCCGAGGACUAGAAAAGUCUAUGAAUUCUACAGUGCCCCAAUUGUCAAGUUCUGGUUUCAUACGAUGGCGUACUUGGCAUUUCUCAUGCUGUUCACUUACACUGUGUUGGUGAAGAUGGAACCCAGGCCUAGUGUGCAAGAGUGGCUUGUGAUUAUCUACAUUUUCACUACUGCCAUUGAGAAAGUCAGGGAGAUAUUUAUUUCAGAGCCAGGAAAGUUCAGCCAAAAGGUGAAGGUGUGGAUUUACGAGUACUGGAACUUCACUGAUUCCAUAGCUAUCAUCCUGUUUAUGACUGGUUUUGGCUUACGCUGGGCUGAUCCUCCUCUUCAAACAGCAGGGAGGCUAAUUUACUGCUUGGAUAUAAUAUUUUGGUAUGCACGGCUCCUUGACUUCUUUGCUGUAAAUCAACAUGCAGGCCCAUAUCUGAUGAUGAUUGGGAAAAUGACAGCAAACAUGUUCUAUAUUGUAUUUAUGAUGGCAAUAGUGUUGCUGAGUUUUGGGGUAUCACGAAAGGCAAUCCUUUCUCCAGAAGAGCCUCCCAGCUGGACUCUUGCACGAGAUAUUGUGUUCCAACCCUACUGGAUGAUGUUUGGUGAGGUCUAUGCUGCAGAAAUCGAUGCUUGUGAACUAAAUGAAGACUGCCCUCCUGGGUCCUUCCUGACACCAUUCCUCCAAGCUGUAUACCUCUUUGUACAGUACAUCAUCAUGGUCAACUUGCUGAUUGCUUUCUUUAAUAAUGUUUAUUAUGAUAUGAAAUCCAUCUCAAACAAUCUCUGGAAAUACCAUCGUUACCGCUACAUCAUGACGUAUCACAAGAAGCCAUGGCUGCCACCGCCUUUCAUCAUUCUGAGCCAUAUUGGCCACCUCAUAAGCCACAUCUACCACCAUCGUCCCUCAAAUGAGCUGGAUCAAGAGGAAGGCGAUGUUGGACUAAAACUCUACCUGAGUGAUGAGGAGUUAAAGAAACUUCAUGAGUUUGAGGAGCAGUGUGUGGAGAGGUACUUCCAUGAAAAGAAUGAAAGCUUGAAUUCCAGUGACAGUGAAAGGAUCCGUGUGACAUCAGAAAGAGUGGAGGAGAUGUUUUUGCUGCUGAAGGAAGUGCAUGAGAAGGUGUUCUACAUCAAAGACUUUUUGCUUUCCCUGGACAGCCAGCUAGGACACCUGCAGGACCUCUCUGCCUUGACUGUCGAUACCCUAAAAGUCGUUUCUGCUGUAGACACACUGCAGGUAGAAAAGGCCCUGCUGGCUGAGACAAAGCACCGAGCCUGUAGGAAACUGCCACAUAGCUGGAAUAAUGCCAUGUAUUCAAAGACUUUGAGCAGUUUGGAAUGUUUGAAUGAUAAGAAUUACAACUACUACAGCAUGCCUCCUUCCAUUCUAAAGAGCUUGGCAAGAAGACAGUGGCGAUCAGAGUGCCAUAGCCACAUUGUUGAAACUGAGGACUACAAGGAAAUGAAGAUAGCAAGCAUCCAGAUAAAGCAAGAAAUAGAAAGUGACACGCUCACUUCUGGGGUAUCCUCUGAGAAUAAAUCAACCCCUGGAUACGGACAGUUCCUCUUGGUCCCUACUGGUCAUCAGGGAGCUGCUUCCACUGAAGAGGUGCCCUCACACCACCCCAGUGAGGUAACCAGAGAUGGUUAUGUGAACUGGGGGUUCUCUGAAGGGGAUGAAAAAGGAGUUUUAUGCAGUGAGAAAAGGCAGAAAUCAUGCAUUCAUUCCUCCUGUAACAAUGACUGCAACUGCACCCGUAGCACUCCACAGCAUGUCCAGAUAAAAGCGUCAAAAUCCUUCUCUUACAACUCAGACAAAUCAGGAUAUGCCAGUGACACCUCAGAGCCUGAGCCCAUGUGCCAGCGCAACACCAUCUUCUGGAUCAACCCACUCAGGAGAGACUGGACUAUCCACAAGAGCAGCAGCUUUCAGUCCCUCAAGGGAAAGAAAGUGGGGAAGACCUGCAAAACCAAAGAGCGAUCGAAAUCUGCUGAGUUGAUCCCAUCUGUGUGGACAGAAGCAAAACAACAGAAUAGAGACAGACAAUCCCAGGAGGACAAGAAGAAACAAAAAAUGCUUCAGGUGCCGGUGAUUACAGUGGAUGGUUGUCCCCAGAGCACUCAAAUGAGUUCAGAGCCAGCAGAAAGCUGUUUCUUGGGUGAAGAGAAAUACAACAAGAACUGGCUAACUGCAUCUAAUUUCAAUCAGCUAAGUUUGGAACGUCUCAGUUAUAUGCACCAGAAAAUGAAAAAUCAAGAAACUGGUAGGCGCUCUUUGCAAAUCUGUGACUCUCUGAGGCAGUCUCAAGAGGAUUUGACUAAUAGCAUGAUUGGGACCACCAGGAAGAAUAAUCUGAGCAGGAAUUCCUUGUUCAGAAGUUCAAGCGGCAUUGACAAAAUCUCAGUUUCCUUGAAAACACCUCAGGACCUGCACCAUCAUUAUUCAGCUGUUGAAAGGAACAACUUAAUGAGGCUUGCUCAGACUAUACCAUUUACGCCGGUCCAGUUCUUUGCUGGAGAGGAGGUGACAAUCUAUAGGCUAGAAGAGAGUUCGCCUUUGAACCUAGAUAAAAGCAUGUCAUCCUGGUCACAGCGUGGGAUGGCUGCAAUGAUCCAGGUCUUGUCCCAGGAGGAGAUGGAUGGAGGUCUCCGGAGAGCCAUGAAGGUCAUUUGUACCUGGUCUGAGAAUGAUGUAUUGAAGUUGGGACAAGUCUUCAUUGUGAAGUCAUUUCUUCCUGAGGUGGUUCAGACAUGGCAGACGAUCUUUCAGGAGGGUACAGUGUUACAUCUGUGCCUGCGGGAAAUACAACAACAAAGGGCUGCUCAGAAGCUGAUAUAUACCUUCAACCAACUGAAGCCACAUAGCAUUCCAUAUACCCCAAGGUUUCUGGAGGUUUUUUUAAUAUAUUGCCAUUCAGCCAAUCAGUGGCUUACCAUAGAGAAGUACAUGACGGGUGAGUUCUGCAAGUACAACAACAACAACGGGGAUGAGAUUUCCCCCAGCAAUUUGCUGGAAGAGACGAUGUUGGCUUUCUCUCACUGGACCUACGAGUACACCCGAGGGGAGCUCCUUGUCCUGGAUUUGCAAGGUGUUGGGGAAGUCCUUACAGAUCCAUCUGUUAUUAAACCUGAAGGCAAGCAAUCUGGAAGGAUGGUGUUUGGACCAGCAAACCUAGGGGAACAUGCAAUUAAAAACUUCAUUACAAAGCACUGUUGUAACUCCUGCUGCAGGAAGCUGAAACUUCCUGAUAUGAGAAGAAAUGACUACACCCCUGCAAGGCUCAAUCCAGCUGUCAAAGUGGAGACAGAGGCAGGAGCAGAGAGUGCUGUUGCUACUGAUGACAAGCUUCUGGAAAAUUAUACCCGUCUGUGAUCAAGCAGGGUGACUUUUGGCCUUUUGAACACUUGAAAACACUCCUUACUUAGUUUUGUCACCUGUCAGUCUGAAAGGACAAAAUCUAGGGUAUGUCUAUACCAUAACCACAGGGUAUGACUGUAGGUCAAGUAGGCAUUCCUGAGCUAGCUUUAAUGUAGGUCAGGUCCCGUAGCAGUGAAGUUGUGGCAGCAGGAGUCUCAGUGUGGCUUGUAUGAGCCUGCCUAGAACCCUGGGUAAUUAUUCAUGGGGGAAGCUCACGCUACUGUGGGUUAACUGUUCUGGGACCCAAGAUAGCUAGAUUAGGUGGAGUAUGUGUAUUCAAGCUAUAAUCACAUCCUUUGAUUACAGUAUAGACAAACCCAUAAAUGCACAAGAGUGAUAUCCUACAGGUAAAUGGGGCACAUGUUUUCCAAAGGAAAUUCUUUAUUUUCAGUGCACUGAAGAUUUUUGUACUUUGUUGUAAUACUGCUUAGUAAAAAGACUGGAACAGGGGGCUGCCUUACCUGCUAAUAAAGUUCAUUUAUACUUCAGUGCCUUAGCUGGACAUAUGA